AACAUGAAGCUCCUCAUGACUGUUAUAUGUCUAUCCGUGGCUGUUACAGCCUACGAGCCCAUCAACAUUGAUUACCACAACACAAUAGGUGUUUAUGAAGCUGCUCGUAUCAAACAAGCUGAAGAGUCUACUGACUUCGACGGAAGCAGAAUCGUGGGAGGAAACUUCGCUAUUCUUGGUCAAUUACAAUACCAAGCUGGGCUCCUUAUCAGACUUCUAGACGGCAGACAAUCAGUUUGCGGUGCUUCCCUUAUUAGUAAUUCCAGAUUGGUGACAGCUGCUCACUGCUGGUUUUCUGGGGGUUCUCAAGCUCGCGAAUUCCUUGUAGUUCUUGGCUCUAUCACUCUUUACUAUGGCGGUACCCGUAUCCUCACAAACAAUGUUCGCCCACACGAAUAUUUCAAUCCACGUAAUCUCCACAAUGAUAUUGCCGUCAUCUACAUAAAUCCUGUUAGCUAUUCAAAUAACAUUAGGAAUAUUGGGAUAGCUUGUGGAGACGAUUUAUACGUUGGAUCGUGGGCUACAGCAUCAGGAUUCGGCCGCUUCACAGAGACUUCUGGCGCUUCUACAACCCUGAGGUACGUUAACUUGCAAGUUAUCACCAAUGAAGUAUGCAGACGUACUUUCGGAAACAUGAUAAUACCUUCUUUCCUCUGCGUGGCUACCCCGAAUGGACGCAGUACCUGCGCUGGAGACUCUGGUGGUCCCCUCGCUAUUGAAAACACACUGAUUGGUAUCACAUGUUUUGGACAUCGCGAAGGAUGUACUCGUGGUCACCCUGCUGGUUUCAUCAGAAUUUCUUCAUUCUACGAUUGGAUCGUAUCUAACAUGUAAAUAAUGCCUAAUACAAGUG